AUGUACUCCUAUGUCCCCAAGACACUCACCAAGCCGGCACCCAUCAUCGUUGCGGUCCAUCACUGCCAGGGCUCCGCGUCAGGAUACUCUACCGAGUCCCAGUUGAUGCCAAAGGCUGACAAGCAUGGCAUCAUCUUGAUCUUCCCGAACUCGAAAUCUGGGGGCGGGUGCUUUGAUGUUGCUUCGGACGCUACUUUGAAACACGAUGGCGGUGGUGACAGCCAGACAAUUGCGAAUAUGGUCAAAUACGCAGUAGAUAAAUACGGCGGAGACGCCAACAGGACCUUCACGGUUGGAACUAGUUCUGGAGCUAUGAUGGCGAACGUACUCGCUGGAGCCUACCCCGACGUCUUCAAAGCAGCGUCUGUCUACUCAGGCGUUCCAGACGGAUGCUUCGCGGUCGCGGGCGCGACUGCCACUCAGGAUCCGCCUGGGUGGUCCAAUAACUGCGCUAACGGACAGCUUACCCACACGGCGGUGCAGUGGGGGGAUAUGGUACGAUCCUACUACCCUGACUACAAGGGACCGCGAACGAGGAUGCAGAUCUUCCAUGGAACAUCUGACAGUACUCUGCGCUAUCCGAACUACGCCGAACAGCUAAAGCAAUGGUCCAACGUCCUCGGCCUCACCACCUCCAAAAACACCACAAAUACCCCACAGAGCGGCUACACGCAGACGAUUUACGGCGAGGGCACCACAACUACUGCGCAGCUUGUCGGGUACAGUGCGCAGGGUGUUGGGCAUACCGUCCCGCAGCAUCCGGAUAUGGAUAUUGCGUUCUUUGGGCUUACAUAA